CCAAAAGAGAGGAAAAAGAAAAAAGCAAGAAAAGAAAUCGAGAGGCGAACAGAAGAAGAAGGAAUCCCCGCUGCUGCCGAACGCGUCUCAGAUCGGAACGCUCGGUUAGGUUCCUUACGCGAUCGAAUGCGUCGGUGCAGGAGGCGCGGGUCCACGAUUUGCCCGAGCUAGGUUUUGAUCUUUCUCGGCCGGAUCCAGUUCAUCCGUGUUGCUAUGCAAGCCAUCGUUUGGAGAUUUAUAAACUACUAAGCUUGACCGGUAGUACACAAUCGACGCCAUGGCACCUGCAAGCAAGAGUGAUAGGAAGGCGCCGUUAGAUGCAGCUGCUUGGAUGUUCAAUAUUCUAACAUCUGUUGGAGUUAUCAUGGUCAACAAGGCCUUAAUGGCUACUCAUCAAUUCAGUUUCGCUACAACAUUAACUGGUCUGCACUUUGUCGCAACCACACUCAUGACUAUUGUAUUUAAGUGGCUGGGAUACAUUCAAACCUCUCAUUUACCUUUAUCUGAGCUUAUAAAAUAUGUAUUUUUUGCAAACUUAUCAAUCGUCGGGAUGAAUGUUAGUCUGAUGUGGAAUUCCGUCGGAUUUUAUCAGAUUGCGAAGCUGAGUAUGAUCCCAGUAUCAUGUCUUCUUGAGGUUGUGUUUGAUAAGAUUCGUUAUUCUAGGGCAACAAAGCUCAGCAUAGUGGUGGUUCUUGUUGGAGUUGCUAUAUGCACAGUUACUGAUGUGAGCGUGAAUUCUAGAGGGCUCAUAGCUGCGACCAUAGCAGUUUGGAGCACUUCUUUGCAACAAUAUUAUGUGCAUUCUCUUCAAAAGAAAUACUCUCUCGGAUCGUUCAACCUCAUCGGGCAUACUGCUCCAGCUCAGGCGAUGUCGCUGUUGAUGUUAGGGCCUUUUGUUGAUUAUUGGUUAACAAGCAAAAGGGUGGAUGCAUUUGAUUACAACGUAACCGUAGUGUUCUUCAUCUUUCUGUCAUGCAUCAUUGCUGUAGGGACCAACCUUAGCCAGUUCAUCUGCAUCGGACGAUUCACAGCAGUGUCAUUUCAGGUCCUUGGGCACAUGAAGACGAUCCUCGUCUUAGUUUUGGGAUUCUUCUUAUUUGGAAGGGAGGGUCUCAAUUUACAGGUAAUCUUCGGAAUGAUCUUAGCAGUAAUAGGUAUGUUGUGGUACGGAAAUGCAUCGUCGAAACCAGGGGGGAAAGAGCGAUGGAGUUACUCAUUGCCCAUCGACAAAUCUCAGAAGCACGGACUGCUCUCAGAAUCAGGAGAACACGAUGGCAAAGUUUGAUCUAUUUUUCUUCCAUCAUCCCACAUGUUGAAUCCUAAGCUGAGAGCAGUCUUUGGCACAUGCAGUAGAACCGAAAAGAAGUUGCUGGGGGUUUCCUUCUUCACCUUUGUAUUGUUUUAGGAUUCCCUCAGGUUAUGCUGACUGAGGCACUACAAUUUUUCAUUCUUUUCUAUGGAAUUCUUUCUUCCUGACACGUUUAUUAUUUAUAUUAGAGGAGAAAAAUUCUCCAUCCCGUUUUAUU